GUUACACUCAGCAGGGAACUCCUCUCCAGCAACACAUGGUCAAAAAUCAAAACAAAUCAAUCGACGGAAAUAAAUGAAAUUCCUUCACCGCCAAAGAUUAACUGAAUAAUAGUUUUACUAAUAGUAACACAAUGCCGAAAAUAAAAACUGAAAAGAAAACUCGCAUACACCAAGAGGUGCAAAAGCAAGGCAUCGUGUUCAAUAAAGAUUUUGGCCAACAUAUACUAAAAAAUCCUCUUGUCAUACAGAGUAUGCUAGAGAAGGCUGCAUUGCGCAACACAGACACCGUAUUGGAAAUCGGUCCCGGUACUGGUAAUAUGACGGUACGCAUGUUGGAGCGAGCAAAAAAAGUCAUUGCCUGCGAAAUCGAUACAAGAUUAGCUGCGGAAUUGCAAAAACGUGUGCAAGCUACACCAUUGCAACCGAAAUUGCAAGUGCUCAUCGGCGAUUUCCUCAAAGCGGAGUUGCCUUUCUUCGAUUUGUGUAUUGCCAACGUGCCUUAUCAAAUCAGUUCUCCACUGAUUUUCAAAUUAUUGCUACACCGGCCACUAUUUCGAUGUGCAGUCCUAAUGUUUCAGCGAGAGUUCGCUCAACGUUUAGUUGCCAAACCGGGUGAUAAGCUGUAUUGUCGCCUAAGCAUCAAUACUCAGUUAUUAGCACGCGUCGAUAUGUUAAUGAAAGUUGGGAAAAAUAAUUUUAAACCACCCCCAAAGGUUGAGUCAAGUGUUGUGCGCUUGGAACCAAAGAAUCCACCACCACCUGUCAAUUUCACAGAAUGGGAUGGCUUAACACGUAUCGCAUUCCUGCGGAAGAAUAAAACACUAGGUGCGGCGUUUAAAAUCAAUUCGGUGCUUGAGAUGUUAGAAAAAAAUUACAAAUUACAUUUGUCGUUGCAUAAUAAACCACUAGAGUCAGAUUUCAAUAUGCAAGCCAAAGUUUCAGCCAUAUUACAGAAGUUGGAAAUGGAAAAUUCGCGUGCACGUUCAAUGGAUUUGGACGAUUUUAUGAAAUUGCUGUUGGCUUUCAAUUCCGAAGGCAUACAUUUCAACUAGUGAAUAGUAAAUUAUUUUCAAAAUAACUGACUUUAGUUAUAAGGCAACAAAGCAAUAAAAUGCGGAAAGGAUGACAAUUAGCAAUAAGUAACUGCUAACUUCAUGAGGUCCUAACUUACAAAUCUAUAACAAAAUAAGCAUUUUAAA